AUGUUGAAACGCUGCGCAAUCGCAAUUGUUUUGUUGGCUUCGUUGGUGUAUGCUCGUCCUGCAGAAAGUGAAUCAGACAACAUUUUCUCGAAUGCGUUUGAAGCGACCAAGACGUUCUUGUCGGACGCGUUGGAUACCGUAACCGGAGGUGCAAAAGAAGCUGGCACAGUAAUAGGAGAUGCAGCUGGCGCAGCCGCUGGCAAAGUUGGCGAAGCGGCGCAAACUGUUGGAGAAGGAGCCAAGGAUGCAGCGAACACCGUUGGGGAAGGUGUUAAAAGUGCAGCCGGCUAUGUUGGCGAUAAGGCUGGCGAAGCAAAGGACUCAGCAGGAAAUGCUUUGAACAGUGCUAAGGAAGGCUUGCAAAGUGCCGGUGCAGCAGUUUCGGAUGCAGCAGGUAACGCUGCAAGCUCAGUGAAGCAAGGUGCGUCGGAUGUGGCUGAAGGUGCAAAGGGAGCAGCUGGUAUGAAAUUAAAUUUCUAUUCAAGUUUCUUCGGAUUUUUAAUAACAGUUGUGAUUCAUAUGCCGCCUAUCCUCACAAAGCAGAGCGUAAUCCAUUGUAAACGAAUUGUAAAUGCUUUCGAGAUGAAAUGUAAUCGGUAUAAAUAUACAGAACAAUUAAAUAAUUGCUGCAUAUACUAG